AAUUUUUUGAAAAAAAUGACUCACCUUAUUCUCUUCUAAAACGUAUUAUUUUAAAAUGUGUUGUUAUUUGUUUGUAAAAAGUUACCGUAAACAUGCUAAUAAUGUUAGCUUUUCUUUGUUCGUUGUGUUCUUUCUUGUUUUCAUGCUUUAUUAUGAGUUUACUGGAUCAUCUUUAUACUGUUGGGUUCACAGGAAUGCCCGGUUCGGAACCGACUCAGUGGGGUCGGAAGCGAGUCCUGCCAUCCUGUCCGAACCCGCUGUUCCUUCAGUGGCUAACCGAGCUCCGGGACGAGGCUAGAGAGAAGGGCCAGAAGGCCCAGUACACCUACCAGAAGGCGAUUAACUCCUUGAACAAAUACCCACUUCCACUGGAAAACGCGAAAGAGGCAAAAAUCCUCCAGAACUUUGGAGACGGAAUCUGCAAAAUAUUAGAUAACAAGCUGCAGCGAUACUACAGAGAGAAUGGGCCCAACGCACCAAUCCACGACCUCCCUAAAGGAGCGCCCCCUGCUGGCAGCUCAGAUAACAACAGCCUGGCUCCUUCCAGGAAGAAGCAUCCUGCAGGUGGUGGGGAGAAGGAUGGAGGAGGAGGGAAGAGGAAGAGGCGCGAGUAUGUACCCCAGAAGAGGUCUGGAGGAUACGCCGUGCUGCUGACUCUUUACAGACACUCCCAGAUUCCAGGGAACAAAGGUUACAUGUUGAAGAUGGAGCUGCAGGCAGAAGCUCAGCAUUUCUGUGACAAGUCCUUCACUGUGCCAGAUCUGGGCUGUAAGUACACGGCCUGGUCGACUGUCAGCACGCUGAUCCACAAGAACCUGCUGAUGAAGACUCACAAUCCUGCAAGGUAUUCUCUGACCUCAGAAGGUCUGGAUUUGGCUGAGCGGCUGUCGUUGCUGGAGCCGGAGAUGACAAACGUCCCAGAGGUGGACGGGAGAGGAGGAGGGAAUCCUGAGGAGGAGAAGGAAGGGGUUGUUGAUCUGACGUGUAGCGAUGAAGGCGAGGACAUUCAGAGUCUUCCAGAGAGGAGAGACCCAGGUGGGACGUGUUCAUCAGAGAAUCCCAACAGAGAACGUCUCCUACCUGGAAGCUAUGACAUCAUCCUGUGCGUGGACUUCGUCGAGACCACCGGCGGCAGCCAUCACCGCAAACAUGAGCUGGUCAAGGAGCUCCAGAGGAACGGGGUCGCCUUCGACAUCAGGAAGCUGAACGUUGGAGACUUCCUGUGGGUGGCCCGGGAAAAGGUCACACCUGUUCCAGGUCAGCUGAGACCUCCUGCAGGCAGGGAGCUGGUGCUGGAUUACAUCAUCGAGAGGAAGAGGAUGGACGACCUGUGCGGGAGCAUCAUCGACGGGCGCUUCAGGGAACAGAAGUUCCGGCUGAAGAGGUGUGGUCUCAGGAAGCCUAUCUAUUUAGUGGAAGGGGGCGGGGCUUCUGCCUCUCACCUGAGUUUACCUGAAAAGACGCUGCAGCAGGCCAUCGUCAACACACAGAUAGUCGAUGGGUUCUUUGUGAAGAGAGUCCAGGAUGUGCGUGAGUCGGCCGCCUACCUCACCAUCAUGACCCGGUUCCUCACCAAGCUCUACCAGAACCAGACGCUGAUCUGUCGCUCCAGAGAGCUGGAGGGGGAUGUAGUGGGGAAGGAAGAUGGGAGAGGGACUCCUUCCUGUUCUCUCAUUUCUUUUGCUGAGUUCAACUACGGAGCCGUGAAGAACAAGUGUCAGACGGUGAGAGAGGUGUUUGCCCGACAGCUGAUGCAGAUUAGCGGCUUGUCUGGAGACAAAGCUGCUGCUAUACUGGAGCGCUACAGCACCCCACACAGUCUUCUUGCAGCUUACGAAGCGUGUUCAUCUGAAUCAGAGAAAGAGAAACUCCUCUCCAACAUCCGAUGUGGGAAACUCAAAAGGAAUCUGGGUCCAGCUCUGAGCAGAACAGUUUAUCAGCUCUACUGUACUCAAGGAGCCCUUUCUUGAGCCCGACUCGCCAACAACAUCUGAUCAUUUCUCUCAUUUAGAAUAUUUAACCUGUCUCUUCGGUUAAACUUCACAGAUUCAUUCUGAAACAGCUGAAGAUAAUUAUGGAUAUUUUUGUGUUGCUGCUAUAUUUCAGGAGUUUUGAAUCUUUUAUGAAGAAUUGUAAAAUUAUGUGUCAAUAAAAUUGUAUUUUGUAACA